AUGUCCGACUCCGCCCCCACCACGACCACCGCACAGACCAUCCGCCCCGCCCUCUUCCUCCUUGUCCCCCUCUUCACCGUCGCCCUCGUUGUGCUCGCUCUGUCGAACAGGCCCCAGGCGCAGGGACCAAGACCGUACUCGGAGGCGAAGAAGCAGGCGCGCAUCGCGUAUGCGCUUAUCGGCGCACUUGCCGCGCUCGCCACCCUCGCUGGGGCCCUCCCGCUCAGCCACGCGGGGAACGCCCAGGCCGAGGCGCUCACACAGACUCUGCUGUCCCUUCUCCUGGGCCUGCCCGUGCUGCACCUGCCCGCGAGCUACGUGCGCCCCAGGCACCCCCAAUUAAUCACCAGGAUAGUGCACACGGGGCUUCUCGUUAUUUUCCUAUCAAGCGCCACCUUGCUCGCCCUCCUCGCGCCCUUUUUGCCCCCGUCAGACUCCGCUGUCCCGCUGUAUCUCCCACCGGCUCUCUUCCUCGCAUAUACUCUCAUCGCCGUUCCCCGCGUCGCACUCGCCCUCUUUUCUUUCUCCUCGCCAUCGUCGUCGUCGCCCACGCGGCCCAUCACCAUCCACGUCGCCACACACCGCACCUCCAUCCCCCUCAGUCUCCCAUCGCCCGCAUCUACCGCCUCCUCCUUCCCCUUCGAUCACGACGAUCACGACGAAGACGACAUCGUCCACCGUCCACGCCGCCAUCGCCACGAGAAGAUCGCCAGCGUCGACUCUUCCACAUCGACGAUAACAGCCGUCGACCUCCCCAGACGGUCACUCGCAUCGCCCACCCCACCCCUCAUCGUCACACACGAUCCCCUGCCGUCAUCGGACAUCGAGCACCAGCACGCCCGCCUUAUCCCCCGCGACCGUGACAUCGACGUCAACGCCACCUACUCUUAUCCCGGGGCAGCGGCACACGCCCUGAACCAACACCACAGCGCCAGCGCCCAUCUCCGCGCGCAGCUCAUCUACAACCGCUCGCGGAGCCUCCUUGUGUUCCUGCUCGCAGUACAGUUGACAGCCCUCGCUGCGUACGCGUGCGCCCUUGCCUCGCAUAUCCCCGCCAGUUCGCGUGCGGCAGCGGAGGCCUUGGGAAUCGCACACGCUGCUUGCACCGUGCUUGCGGUCACUGGAACCAUGUCGGCAUAUCUUUCGCCCGCCGCAGGCCAGAGGGAGCGGAAGCGCGCCGAUGCGGCGAGGAUGACCUUCCCGAAGCUUAGUCCGGUGAGGAAGGAGGAUUUUGAGAAUGUUGCGCAGGAUGAUAAGAGGGGCUUUGGGUUUGGGUAUGACCUGGGCGGGUACGAGAUGGAGGAUGCGUGUGCGACACCCACCUCUGUUCCGGGGCUGCAUAGACCUCCGCUCUCGCUCGCUGUACCAUCGCCCGUCAGUCCGCUGGCUUUGGCCCCGAACAGGUACUCGGAGGACGCGGUGGUCUCGCCUACGACGACGCACGCUACGACAGCGCACAGGGAACCCAUCAUCCUCACAUAUGAACGCCCCCUUGGUGAACGCUCGCUCCUUGAGACGACGGAUACGGAGGGCGGGACAAGGUCGUUGUUCUCGAGCCUUUCGCUGAGCUCGAUGAAGAGCGGGAGCUUGCGGCGCGCCGUCUCCAGUGCUGGUGCCGGUUCGGCCAUCGCUGGACCAUCGACGUCGAAGAAACUGUUUGGGUGGGAGUUGGCUUGGGACCCCCUCCCGCUGGCUUCGAGUUCGAACGGGAAGAGUGGGAAGAGCACGCAGGAGCAGAUGGAGAGUGUGGAUGAGAGUUUUAUCGAUCUUGAUGGGACGUGGGGGAAUGGCGGAGGGUAUGGAAGGAAGGAGAGGGAAGGAGGAAGGGAGAAGGAGAGGGAAAGCAGGAAAUUGAAGAGGAAUACGACGGGUGAUUUGGCGGCGAGGAUGCCUCCGAAUGUGUCCACGUAUCCAGCCCCGCCGAUGCCAACAGUGUCGGUGCUCUUUUUGGGGAGGUAG